CACAGGAAGGUCACACCAUCCCCCACCAUCAUCAGGGUGAAGAUCUGAUGAACACGAAAGUUGAGGGUGAAGAAAAAGAGACGUAUGUGAGGGAUGAUCAGCAAUAUACGGAGGAGGCUGGAAUGACGAGGACAUUCAUAGAGGAGGACACUCCUACAGAGAUCAGCACAGCUGAGGAGACGUACAAUAUUCUCUGUCCUGCCAACGAGAACAACGGGGAGCUCUCUGCUUCGUAUUCCUCUUCGGAUUUGGAUUCGGACUCUGAUGCGACUUACGAUCCAGACCUAAGCAGUGGGACACUGACGGACUCAGGGGAGGAAGAUGGUCUGCCCGCCAAACGAAGGCGUUCUGGUGAGGAGAUGACCACCGGUACCGCAGUACCUCGGCCCCGAAGGGUUAGGACUAAUGCCAGCCUUCCGUAUACUCUUGAGAACCCUGUGUGGCUUCCCCCUGAUUCAGGAGAAGCAAACAUCCCCCCUUUUACCGCCCAGCCAGGAGUCCAGGUGAACACGCAGAAUUUUGCCCCUAUAGAUUUCUUUAAUUUAGUUUUUACAGAGGACCUGUUAUCAUCAAUUGUGUUCCAGUGCAACCUGUACGCACAACAAUUUAUAGCGACUAACCCAACGUCCUCCUAUUCCCGUCCCUAUGAGUGGAAAUACCUAACGGUGGAGGAUUUUAGGAUUUUUUUGGGACUUACAUUCAAUAUGGGACUCACCAAAAAAAACGACCUACGUUCAUACUGGUCGACCAACCCCAUCCACCACAUGCCGAUCUACUCAGCGGUAAUGUCCAGAACCAGAUAUUGGAUGAUCAUGAGGUUCCUCCAUUAUAACGACAACACCGAGUGCCCUCCCCGAAACGACCCAACAUAUGACAAGUUCUACAAGAUUCGGCCACUUCUAAAUUAUUUUUCAGAAAAAUUCCCCCAGUUAUUUACCCCGGACCAAAAUAUCUCUGUGGCUGAGUCGCUCGUCCACUUUAACGACAAGCUGGGCUUCAAGCAAUUCACCCCCAACAGAAGGUCCCGUUAUGGAGUGAAACUUUACAAAUUAUGCGACCGGGCAACGGGGUACACCUAUGCCUUCAUGGUGUACAAAGGGAAGGACACCCAGCUGCGUCCCCCUGAAUGCCCGGAGUACAUAGGAUCAAGUGGGAAAGUCGUUUGGGACCUCAUACACCCACUCCUGGAAAAAGGCUAUCACCUCUAUGUGGACAACUUUUACACCAGUUUGCCCCUUUUCCACAACCUUCACCGGAGGAAGACUCCAGCAUGUGGCACCGUGAGAAAAAACAGGAAGGGCUUCCCUCAAAAGCUUCUUAACGUGAAGCUAAGAAAAGGGGACGCAGCGAGUUUGCGGAACGAGGAAACUCUGGCUGUGAAGUGGAGGGGCAGCAGGGAGGUCUACAUGCUCUCUACGAUCCACAACGACACCUGCGUGGAAAUCUCCAGAAGGAACGGCCCAAUCCAAAAGCCGACGUGUGUCCACGAAUAUAAUUUGUUCAUGGGUGGAGUGGACUUCAACGACCAAAUGCUCCAACCCUUCCUCGCCACGAGAAGAUCCCGCCAUUGGUAUAAAAAAGUCUCAAUUUACCUCUUCAAUUUGGCCAUAUACAAUACGUUUGUCAUUUACCGUGCGUCCACCGUGAGACCCUUAUCCUUCCUUGGCUAUCAGGAGGAGAUCAUCACCGCCCUUAUAUACCCAAACGGCCCUCAAGAAAACCUUCGAUCGGAUGUGAUAAGCAGACUCCACGAGCGCCACUUUCCCGAGAAGCUCCCCCCCAGGCAAUCGGGCAAAAGGUGUCAAAAAAAAUGUAGGAUGUGCACCAGAGGAGGAGUUAGAAGAGACAGCUCUUAUUAUUGUCCCCAGUGUCCUUCCCAGCCAGGCCUCUGCAUAGGCGAAUGUUUCCGCCGUUACCAUACUUCUGUACAUUUUUAGUAUGGUAAACGUGAUUAUCCUGCCCCUACUAGCUCCUGAACUGACCCUGGCCUGACCACGCCUUUUGCCCUUCCGCUUUUGUAUGUAGCAAGGAGUCGGCUACCUUACUUGUAGUAUCAGAAGAUUACCACUAGGAAGCAAAAGCAUACAGGGAAUUGUAGUCCGAGGACUCGAGUUUUACAUUCUAGUUGAACUGCUUGAAACUACAACUACCAGCCGGCUGGUAGAGAAGGACAGAGUUCUGGGAGAGCUCAUAAAAAGGCUGUGCUAGGCCUGGAUCGCUCUCUUGGGACCCCGGCCGGAAUCCGCAAGCAGGGACUCUGUGUGUCUGUAUGUGCUGUGGCCGAGUCGUGGCCUGUGCAAGGAAGAAUCCCAUGUGUAUCCUAGGGGCAUACGCUCUACUGUCGCUGUUUCUGCUCCCAUCUUCAUCGCGGUUACAGCCAAUCCAGGUGGUCCACGACGCGGUGCGAUAGAGGUUUGGACGACCAUCUCAUCCCUUGUGCCAGGGCCCUGAAGGAGAUCCUGUAAGCCACCAUCUUCAAAAUCGGCAUCAUCCAUUACAGUAUCGGUGAGCGGGCACCUGCCCACCCAGCUUUAUGAACACUGUAUACAGACAUCAUUGCUCUUAUUCACCUUGCUGAUACCUGUAGUGCCUCAGGACACAAGGCCAUCCAGAUACAGAGACACUGUAUACAGACACCAUUGUCCUUCUUAUUCACUUUGCUGAUACCUGUACUGCCACAGGACACAAGGCCAUCCAGAUACAGAGACACUGUAUACAGACACCAUUGUCCUUCUUAUUCACUUUGCUGAUACCUGUACUGCCACAGGACACAAGGCCAUCCAGAUACAGAGACACUGUAUACAGACACCAUUGUCCUUCUUAUUCACUUUGCUGAUACCUGUACUGCCACAGGACACAAGGCCACCCAGAUACAGAGACACUGUAUACAGACACCAUUGUCCUUCUCCUUGCUGAUCCCUGUAGUGCCACAAGGACACCCAGAUACAGAGACACUGUAUACAGACACCGUUGUCCUUAUUCUCCUUGCUGAUCCCUGUAGUGCCACAAGGACACAAGGCCACCCAGAUACAGAGACACUGUAUACAGACACCAUUGUCCUUCUUUUCCUUGCUGAUCAUUGUAGUGCCACAGAAUUCAAUACCUUUUAAGCAAACUACCCCAGUGAUCACUACUCCAAUAAGACAGGAAGAUCUGUGCCAGUCAAAUUGCUUUGCUCCGCUACUCAGAACUUCUCCAACUACAAUUCUCCGAAGUGCUAGCUGAAGACCAAAGGAUUUCAUCUUUUUAACAAGGGACUACAUCUAACCUAACCCCCCCCCCCCCCCCCCCUUCUAUUAAUAUUUUUUUUUUACCACACUCUUAGAGACUGAACUUCCUUUUAUUUGAUCCUGUGAGUUGAGGGACAGGAGAGGAGUGGUUUGACAUGGCUAAAAAGUAAUCCCCCCCCGCCCUCCUUUUGCCUGUCCACAACUAAAUCAAGGGUUACUAAUAUUUGAUUGAUUGUUAUUUGUUUAUUACCAUCUUAUAUUGUUUACUGCUGUUGUUGCUUUUAUACCACCAGUGGUGUUUCACCCGAGGUAUUUUCAUAAAGCGUCAGUUCACGUUGUACACCUUUUUUUGAAUGCCUUCAUCAUCUCAGUAAACAUAUCUUCUGCUUUACCACA